GAUUUCCCCAUAGCUUUGCAAUUUGCUACCUCACCCCUCGAGAAAGUCCCAAACAUGUUCAGAGAUAAUCAGAAACGGUCAACUGAAAGUCCCAUGGAUUGGGAAUGGCAAACUCAAGGUCCUGCUGAUCCCAAAAGUCCAUUUCCCCAGUUCAAGCCCCAAGAAGGACAGAAAGUUGGUUUUGAGUCCCCUCCGCCCAAGAGUUCUUUCAUCGCAGCAUCUUCUACGCCGGCUCCCCAAUUUCGCAAUCCCUCCUUCACAACGCCUCGAAAGGCCUUCGAUCAGGAACUCUUUUCAGAAGUGUCUGGCGCAGAAACUUCUCCCGCGGACAACGCAGACGCAGAAGACACACCAGACUUGCCAAAGCAGAUACAAACGAUGACGGUGUCAAGUGGCACAGUGCGGCAACCUCUUUUCCAAAAGUACGGUGCUGGAUUCCUAGGAAGUAGUCCUGGCCGAGCAGAACAACGGCGUGGCAAAUAUGCGAAUGCCAUCGUUAACAAAGUACGAAAGCGAAAGCGAAUCGAUAGAGAUUACGCCUUGGUCCGGGGACAGAGAGAUGUUUCAGAGUCGGAUUCUGAAGAUGGAGACUCGAGACCACAAAGCCGGAAGGGAAAACACGGAAAGCAGGAACCACAGCCUGGUUAUUGGGCCUCGGUCUUCAACUACAUCGAGUCGCAUCCCAAUCUGCCAAAUGUAUUGUCCUUCUAUGCACAACUGGGAGUCAACAUGUUCAUCGCCGGUCUUACCAUCUUUGGAAUAUAUACAUUCUGGAUGACGGUUCGUGCAGAUGUUGACAAAGCAUCAGAGAACGAACGAGCUCUUGUUAUGACAGAGAUUGCAGCUUGUUAUACUCAAUUCGUCGAUAAUGGAUGUGGCAGUGAUCGAAGAGUGCCAGCUCUGAAGACCGUGUGCGAGAAUUGGGAGCACUGUAUGAACAGAGAUCCAGAUAGCAUCGGCCGAGCACGAGUUAGCGCGCAUACAUUUGCACAGAUCUUUAAUAGCUUCAUUGAGCCUAUCAGCUACAAGGCCAUGAUCUUUGUGAUCCUCAUCGUCACCGUGUGUAUUUUGGUCAACAAUCUCGCAUUUGGCAUGUUCAGGUCUAAAGCUUCGCAUAUGCAUCAACCUCAGCCCUUUUUUCCGCCUCCACCUCGGAACUUUCAGUGGGGAGCCCCGCCGCAGACGCCACAUUAUGAACCGCAAACUCCCCAAAGAAGUCUGGCAUAUGAUGCUUAUGGUGGCCAAACGUACCAGGCUAUCAUGCCAAGCCAAACCCCAGGCCAGAGAAGCCCAAGCAAGGGCAGUCGAAGUCCUAGCAAAGGAUGCAGGAGUCCUAGUAAAGGAGACAGAUAUUGAUCAUAAUUUGUAUUGGUAUUCGUUUGAUAGCAAAUUGUGGAUAUUCGGCGCAUCGGGAAUUAUUCAUUGGGAGGAAACUGUACCAAGGUCUAUGGAGUUGGCGGUACAAUGCAAUUGAAAAACGUCACAGCCCAAACAUCACUCAUGUCUUGGAAGCCCG